AUGUGUCUUAGAUGGAAGCUGGAGGCAUCUUUAUUAGCACAUUCCCAUGUGUCCUUUGACCACUAUAUCGCUAUAUGCAAACCCCUGCACUACCGCACCAUCAUGACCAAGAAAGUCUGCUUCCUUUUGGCUCUCAGACCCUGGGCAUUGGGCUUCUUGAUUAUCUUCUCCCAGGCUGCUUUGCUCCUGCAGUUGCUGUUCUGUACCGAUAACAUUAUCAACCAUUUUUAUUGUGACAUUGGGCCCCUCUUGAAACUGGCCUGUGCAGACACAAGCGUCACCGAGUUUCUUGGCUACCUGGGGUCCGUCAACAUCACACCAAUCAGCCUGCUCUGCAGAGUGGUGUCUUACACCUACAUCAUCACUACCAUACUCCACUUCCACUCCACUAGUGCGCACCAGAAGGCAUUUUCCACCUGCACGUCCCAUCUCACUGUGGUCUCCAUACUGUACAGAGCAGUUGUCUCAAUGUAUUUGAAACCCACGGCCCACUCCUCCCUCAGUCCCAACAAGGUUGUGUCUGUCCUCAACACUGUCCUAACCUCCUUGCUGAACACCUUCAUAUUUCCCAUAAGGAACAAAGAGGUGAAAACAGCCUUGAGGAAAGCUAUGAGCAAGAGAAAGACUCAGUCAGAAUGUCUAUGGUUCCUGAGAGGGUAA